AAAAAUAAAAUAAAAAAUUAAUGGAAGCUAGUGAAAGUGAGAGACAAGAAAAAAGAAGAACCCAUUUCAUUCUCUUUCUAACUAAAAACCAGUAACAAAAAGGAAAACAAGCAAGCCAGAAGAAGACGAUGAAAGGAGAAGGAAAGGUCGGCUACCCAUAACAGCUGUAGAAGAAGAAAGAAAACAAGAAAAAAGGGUACUUCAUAAUUGGCUUACAUGUAUGUAUAUACAUACAUAUAUAUAUAUAUAUACAGAGAGAGAGAGAGAGAGAGAGAAAGACUGAUCUUUUAGGUUUUGUUUUGUUAUUAGAAGACUACUGCAGCAGUUGCAGAACUCAAUCAUCUCUCAGUAGCAGCUGAUUACUUGCAGAAGCCAUAUAUAUAUAUAUAUAUAUGUAUAUGUAUGAGUUUAUGUAGAUAUAUAUAUUGGAAAGUCACCAACAAACAAGAUCUCUCUGUCUUUCUCUCUUUCCAAAACCUUCCCUUUUAUCUUCUGCAAAAAUUUCAGAGAUUUUGACCCCACCUUCAUCCUUUUCUCUCUAAAACUUAUAUAACACCCACAUAGAUAUCUUCUUAGAUUGCCCAUUUCUCCACUUCUGAAAAGAAUCUCUUUUUUUUUUUAUGUAUAUGUAUAUGUAUAUAUAGUUUUGUUUUUAUCUUUAUCAGUCACUGUGGCUACUACAAGAGGCCAGCUACCUUCGGACACUGGCGCCUUUGCUGAUUGGGCGACAUCAUCCUCCACAGCAAUCCGAGCUGGUCCUGAUGAUCUUUCACUUGGUUUCGAUGCCAACGCUGCUACGGCGGCGCCAAUUGGAUUCACCAGCGCUCAAUGGCCGCCCUUGGCUCGACCGAUCAACUAUGGACUUCCAACUGAGAUGGGGAUGGUUGGUCUCCGGGAUUUUGUUGUUGUUGCUCCUGCGUCUUUUAACCAUCAUCAUCAUCACCACCACCACCAUACUCAAGAUCCCAUCAUGGUAAACGAGCAAAUCAACUGUCCGAGUGGCGCCACGGCACUCGGCGUUGGUGUUAUCCCUCUUCUGACGGCGGCUCCGUGUUUGCCUCCACAUUCUGUGGAGGAUUCUGAUUUGUUGAAUAACAAUGGUCGUAGUAAACUCAGUGGGAUGCAGCUAUGGCAGAACCAGAAUUCUUCUUCUACUACUCAUUAUCUUAAGAAACCAUCUUCACUCCCUGACAACAAUAAUUCCUCCAUGAAUUGGAUACAAACCGGAAGCGGCGGCGGCGGGAUGGGAGGAGGGAGCGUUGGUUCGGGUUCUAGCUCGGGGGCAACGUGUCAAGAUUGUGGGAACCAAGCUAAGAAAGAUUGUUUCCGUAGGAGGUGUAGAACAUGUUGUAAAAGUCGGGGUUUUGAUUGCCCUACUCACGUGAAGAGCACAUGGGUACCGGCUGCUCGGAGAAGGGAACGUCAGCUCAUGACGGCGGCUGCCAUGACUGUCGGAGCCGGCUCAUCGGGGUCGACAUCGGGUGCAAAGAAACCGAGACUUGUAACAUCUCAAACUACAACUACCUCUCAUACAUCAACUUCGAAUACUACUCCUCCUAGAAGCUCUGACACAAGCUCUAGUCACCAGGAUGCCGGUUUUAAGGAGUCAUUGCCGGGGCAAGUACGCGCACAGGCGGUGUUCAAGUGCGUACGAGUGACGGCGGUGGACGACGGUGACGAUGAGUAUGCUUAUCAAGCAGUUGUUAAGAUUGGUGGCCGUGUUUUCAAAGGGUUUCUUUAUGAUCAAGGAAUUGAAGGAAGAGAUGGGAUUCCUAAUAUAUCCGAAUUGCAUUUAGGUGGUGGUGGGAUAAAUGGGGGGUCCUCGUCAUCUCCGGUUCUCGAUCCAUCCGAAGUUUACGCCGCUGCCAGCAGUGGCUUCCUCGGUGGUUCAGGAUAUGGUAAUCCAAGAAACUGAGAUAAUCUGUUCGAGUUAGAA